GGAAAUUUACCGAACAAGUGGUCCGAUAAGCUGCGAGCUCGAAGCGCUCUCGUGGUUCGUCGUCCGCCGUCGCUCGUCGAGAUCUUUUUCGAUGAAAUGGGACAGUGUCUCUGACCAGAUUCCCUUCAGGAGACGUUUUAGAGUAAAAACCUGCUAGAAGUGAGGCACUAAGGCUGUGAUCACUGAGUACUUCCCGCUAAGACCCCACCCGCCCUGAAGAAAACAUGGUGGACAUGGGGAAGAGCCGUCGGGCCCUGAGGAUCUUCGUUUUAUUUGUCCUUUUUAGUGUCGGUCCUAUAUUUUGUGUUGAGGUUGCUGUUGAGACUGGGAAAAAUCACACUUUCAAGUCUUCUGCAUCAGGAAAGAUUGAGACCAUUCUGUGGAAGUUCAGCAAGAACAAAGUGGUUGAGUUUGAAGGUGGUGACCCUAUGUGGUAUAGAUUUGAAUCUCGUGCAGAUCUUGAUACUAAAACUGGAGACCUCACGCUUAAGCAGCUGAGUAAAGAGGACAAUGGUCAUUACCAGUCUGAAAUCCAGGUGGAUGGAAAGCUUCAGUAUUCUGACCAUGUUAUUAAAGUGAUGGAUCCAGUUACAGAGCCGACCGUGACCUGUAAGAAAUCUGAUGAAGGAGAAGGAUUCGUACUUCUCUGCUCACGGUCCUCUCAAAUUCCGGGAAACGUUACAUGGAGUGGACCCAACGGCUUUAACAGAAGUGGACCGACAAUUACCAUCUCCCAACUUGGCCCGAACAUUCUCUAUUUCUGCACUGUAACGAAUGAAGUGAGCAGUAAGAGCACGCAGUUCGACCUCCAGAAAUGUGUGGAAGGUGGAGGUCUUUCUGGUGGAAGCAUAGCCGUAAUUGUUAUCGUCUGCCUCAUCGCUGUCGGGGGCGCUGUUUUGUUUGUGCUCUACAGAAAGUUCAGACAGAAUACGGAACACCAGUCAGUUCCCAGCAAGUAGGACUUAUAAGCUGAAACAAACAAUUUGACAAUUUAAUGUCAUAAACCUUAAAUUGUCAUACAGGCAAAUGCUUGUCCAUGCAUACAGCAGCAACAAUAGCACGUUUCGGAGAAUUUCACAUUUUAAAACACCAAAUCUGCUGUUAUCAUUCUUUUCUAAUAGUCAAAUGAACCCACCUGAUGUGCAAAUGAAAAGAGCUGGUAGUAAGGCUGAAACUCAGUAUAUUAGUAAACAAACACCAUGUGCUCAGUGUGACAGCAGACAGAUGAAACGAGUAGGGACUCAGAAACACAUGCUCAAUGGGUGAAAUACUAGAGUUGUACUUUCACAUUUAAACAGAUAAACAAUAAACUUUAAAACAAUAAAAUGACCACAUCUGUAGUCCAUAAUCAGUAUUUCCUCCCAGCUCUACAGUCUCCAGACUUCUUUACUAGGCAUUUACAUUUUUUUUUUUGUUUUUUUUGUUUUUUUCCUUCAUUUCUACUGUGUUUUAUACAUUGUACAUUUUACAUAAAAUGUGUUUUAUUUGUGCUAUUUAAAGAACAGUAGUUUUUGAAUUCCAGUCAUGGACAUUGAUGGGUCUCCGGGCUGGAUCAGGUGUGUUGGGACAGUACGUUUGUAUAGAUGUUAUAUUGUAGCAAGGUGUCGUACAAGGUUACAACUGCUACGAAAACAUGUUCACAAACAAGUCUGUAUGACACAGCCAUAUAAUUCUUAAUGUAAAUGAACAUUUAUUAUAAUACUGCAGUUAGUUUUAAAUGCUACAUAGUUAGUGGCUCUGCAUCAUAACUGGUUUAAUAAGAUCAAAAUAAUUUCAGUUCAGGAUUAAGUUCACCACCCAGCACCUCUUACCUGUUGUAUGCUCUUACGAUGUGCAUAUGGUAAAAUGGACUGACGUCGUCUAUGAAGGAAUCGGGUUUAACUUUAUCAUAUGUUUUAACAUUUGUGGCCUUCUUAUAUUUUUUGCGUAGCUUCUCGCUAACAGUGCUUUCACACAGGAUUGCUAACUGAAUUACUCGCUGUCCAUUUCUAGUUUUACUGUGUUAGAUGAGUGAAUGUUGGUAUGCUGAUGAUUUUAACAAAACUUGAGCUGUAUUAAUUUACAUGUUUUUCUGUAUUUUGCACAUAUACUUUUGGAAAUGCCGGGAAUAAACAAUUUAUUUAUGUU